GUUUAAUCCAAACAAAAGUUAAAGACUCACUUAACCAUCAUUAAAAAGAUGGUUAACUUUUCAAAAACCAUAUGCCAUGCUUCAUUUAUUCUCUUCAUAUUAUUUACUAAAGUAACGGGUCGGUUUUUACGUUCCGGGUUCAUUUCAGACGGGACUAAUGACCCGUCUCAAGGGGACGUCUCGUCUUUCUUGUAUCUCAAAGGAAUCGACGUUCCUGAACAGCAUUGCGAGCAAAUGUACGGUUUUUUGCCAUGUUCAGAAACGCUUUUAGGCCAUUUCUUCCUUAUUGUGGUCUACGAGUACUUACUGUUUCACGGAGAGUCGUAUGUAUCGUCUGGAGGUAAAAGAAUAUUCCAGAUUCUUGGUCCCGGGAUCUUCGGUGCAAGUGCUUUCCAAGUCCUUGGGUUCCUUCCCGAGUCGUUGAUACUUCUAGUAUCUGGACUUUCGGGUACUAAAGAUGUAGCCCAAGAGUAUGUUCUAACUGGAGUUGGGUUACUAGCGGGGUCAGCAAUACUUCUUUUAACUUUGAUAUGGGGAACUUGUGUCAUCGUUGGAGGUCGAAAAUUUUCAUCAGAAUCGGGAUCAAGCACAUCAGUGAUUCCUACCCAAAAUCAAUACCAAAAGUUGUUAUCGUAUUUUACUGGCUCUGGUGUAACUACAGAUGAAGAGACGAGUUCUGCAGCCAAAAUUAUGGUUAUUUCGGUUAUACCGUUUGCGUUCUUCCUAAUUAUCGAAAUAUCUUUUGGCGUGUCUCAGGGCUACAUCUUCAUGAUUCCUCUGUUUGUCUCAUUUAUGUUCUUGAUCGUAUACUUUAUAUGGCAGAUGUGUGAGCCUUCGAUCCAAAAAAGGAGACUAUCAUACGUGAAACACGAGCGUUUAGUUGUGGACAUACUAAAACAUCUGCAAGAGCACACUGCAGAACAAGUACUCACUGAAGAUGGUUCAGUAAACCUACCCGCUAUAGAACGGCUAUUUACAAUGAUCGAUCAAGAUGGCGAUAGCUACAUAUCUUUUGCUGAACUAAAAGCAAUUCUUCAAGAUAUCAAGUUCAGUCAAUUAACUUGGAACAAGGAGAAAACACUAGAAGAAAUAAUGAAAGAAUUCGAUAAAGAUGGCGAUAGUAGAGUAACUAUGGAUGAAUUUGUCGAAAUAUUUAAAAAAUGGCUCGAUGAGACCAAAAAUGCAGUGGACAAACGACCAUAUCGAUCAGUUAGAUCGUGGAGGGACUUAUAUCAGAUUAUCCACCCAUGGUAUGAUUGGUAUCAGACCAAAAAGAAAGAAGAAACGGCGAUGAAGAUCCUGAUAUCCGAUAUUAUACGACACGUCCAAAGCUUACAACUAGAAAAUUUUUACAACGAAGACGGAACACCAAAUAUAUCUGCAAUAAAAAGCUUGUUUGAAAGAAUUGAUCUUGAUAAAGAUAACUUUGUAUCACAAUCAGAAUUGAAGCAACUGAUCAUGGAACUAAACUCUGAGAAAAUGCCAGAGGAUGUAGAUGAGGCAACGGCUAAAUUAAUGCAAGAUCUCGACACUGAUGGAGACCAGCAAAUUGACUUACAAGAAUUCAUAGACAGAUUUAAAGAAUGGCUAAACAACGAACUCGUCCCCAAGUCACCUGGGCCUACAACCAAUACUUCCCAACAACCAUGGGAAAGAUGGAUGGAUGAUGGAGUAGAUAAAUCUAAAUGGGCCUGGACAAAAGCGAUAAUGUUGUUGGUGCUUGGAAUAACCAUGUUAGCUCUUUUGGCUGAACCGCUAAUACACAGUGUUCAGAACGUCUCUAGUGCUGUAAAUAUACCAUCAUUUUUCGUAUCGUUUAUCUUAGUUCCGUUGGCCACUAACGCUAGAGCAGCAAUCAUAGCCGUUAAAACUGCAAGAAAAGGAAAUGAACGAACGACUUCUUUGACCUUCUCUGAGAUAUACGAUGGAGUGUUCAUGAACAAUGUUCUUGGAUUUUCUGUUCUUUUGGCGGUCAUAUAUUUUAGAGGCCUGGCAUGGGAUUUCUCCGCUGAAGUUUUGGUGGUGUUGAUAGUUACUAUCUUCAUGGGAACUGCAGCCAGCUUUAGAUCAAAGUUCCCGAUUUGGACAUCAUUCAUUGCAUACUUGCUCUACCCAUUAUCUUUGAUAUUCGUUUUUCUUUUGAAUAGAUUUUAAAAUGAAAAGAGAUGUUUAUUUGUACAGAAGCAUUGCAUUCAUACAUAAUUUUCCACAAGAGAUUCAUGUAAUUGUAAUUGAUGUUUUUCAAAUGUGUUCAAUGAAACAUUAGUUUAAAUCUAAUGAAAUCAUUCUUAAAAA